UGCAAACUUAGUACGGAGUAUCUUUGCUUCUUUUUCUUUUUUCCAAAAAAAGAACAAUAAUAAUAAGUGAUGGAUCAUCGCGGGGGCUUCCAUGGUUACCGCAAACACCACCAGCAGCUCUCUAAGACAUCUUCCUCCGAAAUGAAUGGAAAAGUGUUGUCCCAUGACAUGAGCAAUCAUACCAACCACCACCACCACCUUAACAACAACAACAACAACAACAACAACAACAACAACAAUAGCAACGGUAACUUCAAUGGAAGUAGUAACCACAACAAUAAUCAGUCUGUUGUAUCAACUGAUCAAGAUAACAGCGAGUGCACUGUGCGGGAACAGGACCGUUUUAUGCCCAUCGCUAAUGUCAUACGCAUCAUGCGCAAGAUUCUUCCACCACAUGCCAAAAUUUCUGACGAUGCCAAGGAAACAAUUCAGGAGUGUGUGUCAGAGUACAUAAGCUUUAUAACAGGAGAAGCAAAUGAGAGGUGUCAGAGGGAGCAGCGUAAAACAAUAACCGCAGAAGACGUGCUAUGGGCCAUGAGCAAGCUAGGGUUUGACGACUAUAUUGAGCCACUCACCCUUUACCUGCAUCGCUACAGGGAACUGGAGGGAGAACGUGGUUCCAUGCGUACUUGUGAGCCGCUCAUGAAACUGAGUAGGGCAGCCAUGGAUCAGUAUGCAGCAUUUGGACCUGUGUUUCAUAUAGGACCUCCACCUACUCAUCAUCAUCAUGGCUAUUAUGGAGGGCCAUCAUCUGUGAAUGGAUACUUGAAAGAAGCUUCUACCACUGCUGGAUCUGAAUCCAUUGGUGCUCCUCAUCCUCCUGCUGUUGCUGCUGCUGGUGGGCCUGCUAAUUCUGUAAACAGUUUCGAGCCAUAUGGUCAGCACAAAUAGUUUUAAUCCUUCUGUUUGCUGUCACUUGCAGUGCUAACAUUUAACGAUUUUCCGGUCUGUGACGUUGUUGCGUGCUUAUUUUACCCCCGUUUUGUUUAAUUUCCCUUUAAUUCCUUCCUUCCAUCUUCCCUAAUUGCUAAUGCCUAGUUGUUGAAUGCUGAAGGCUAGAGAUCAUUUAGACAAUAUCAAGUAUGAAAAGAAAAGGCAAAGUACUCUUUAAUUA